UUCUCUUAAAAUUCUAUUGCUGCUUAGCUUGGCAAUGCCGUGCCUUGGAAGGAAUAACUACGAUCUCAGAUUUGAAUCCGCUGUGGCAAUUGAAGGCGAAAGGGAAACUUUGGCGGAUUAUCGAGGUCUUAAACUGAUUGGACGUGAAAGAAGUUUAAAUGGAUCGGCUUAUUAUGCGGCUGAUUUUACCGAUGAGUUUGAAGUCUCGUGUGAGAUCUUCUCCUUUGAGCAUGGCAUGUGGAUUAAAAUGCCCUACGAAGUAAAAUCAAUCACCUUUUGUGAAUUUGCAAGAAAAUUUUUCUUGAAAUAUUUUGACCAUGACCAUGCGAAUACGAAUUGGCCGUCAAGUGAAGCUGACUACUGCCCUCUACUGAAGGGUGAAUACUGGUUAGUUAAAUGGACACCGAAUACUGAUUCUUGGGUCACAUUCAUGAAGCGUGGCCUCGUUAAACUUAUUUACCAAAUAUUAAAAAAAGGAAAGGUCGUUGGCGGUUUGCAAUUAGUGGCAAACGUAUAUGAACGCGGAACAUAAACCUAAAAAUUUUUUUUUUGUCUUCGUCUGGUUUAAUAGUAAGGAUAUGUUCCAAAAAAUUAUGCGCUUUGCUUUCAAGUACUCGA